AUGCGCGCCGCCCUCUCCCUCCUGCUCGUCUCGACGACCGUCGACGCCUUCAGCGUCUCUGGGCUCGGCGUCGUGCGGCCAGCUCGCGCCGCCACGCCGGCGAUGCAAACCAUCGCUCCGGAGCGGGAGUCGACGAUUCCUGACUCGCUCCCUUCCUCCUGGACCGUGCCCGACACGUUCUCGCUCGCCGACUUGAAAAGACCGUCGAACGACGAGCCGCCCAUGUACCGGCUCACCCUCUUCCGCUCUGGCGACGCGGUGCACAUGGCCAACGCGCUGCUGGAUGUUAUCCCGCUGGAGAAGGAGAAGGCGGUCGAGGUCGCCGACACCGCGGCGCGCGUGGGGUUGUCGCUGGUGGGCGUGUGGGAGCAGGGGCUGUGCGAGACGUACUCGGAGGAGCUUAGGCGCGGCUACAACAUCGCCUGCGAUGUGUCCAAGGCGGAGUGA